AUGAAGUUCAACGUCCUUGCCCUCUCUGCCCUUCUGGCCUUCGCUGUCGCUGAGACUACCACUGCGGACGCUUCUACCACCACCAGCAACCCUUCCGUCGAGUGUGCUAAGCAGUGUGAAUCUACCGAUACCUGUUGCAUUGCCAAGUGCUGGAACGUCCCCUGCCCCAGCGACAACCAGGCCAACGAUACCAACAGCUGUGUCGCCGCUUGCCCUCAGGGUAAGGGCUCGCCUGCGGAUGCUCAGAAGUACGCCGAUUGCGAGCAGACCUGCUACAGCUCCCACUUCUGGGGUGGCAACGGCCCCACGGCCACCCGUUCUACCUAUACCGGCACUGCUACCGAUGCCACUGCUACUCAGACCAGCACUGACUCCUCCACUACUGACUCUUCCAAGUCCUCGGAACAUGACAGCAACGACAACAACGACUCCACCUCGACCGAGGAUUCCUCAGACGGCACAGCCACCAGCUCCUCAGGCUUCUCAACCCAAACCACCAACGCCGCCGUCAAGGUCGGUGCCUCAGCCGCCGGCCUGAUCGGUCUGGUUGUUGCUGCUUUUGCUCUAUGA